AUGGGGUGUGGGCUUGUUGCGUCGGUCAAUUGUUGCAGUUGUCGUUGGUUCUUGUUUGCCUACCUGGGUACCUACCUUGCGGAUUAUCUUGCUCUAAAAGCUAUUUGCUAGCUUGAUUGGGACUACAGCCUACUGUCUGUACCUACUCCUAGCAUCUCACCUACGUACAUACCCCGCGUCUCGCGCCUCCAUCCACCACCCACCCACCCACACGCCCGCAAGCAAGCAUGGGCUUCUUCAGCGAAAUGGUCAGCGAGUUCAGCCACCGCGGCGACUCGCAGCAGCAGCAACAACAACAAUCGUCCUACGGGCAAUCGUCCUACGGGCAAUCGUCCUACGGCCAGUCCUCAUACGGCCAGCAGCAGCCCUCCGGCUACGGCGGCCCGCCCCCACCGCAGGUCCAACCGCCCUGGGUUGCGCACUGGGACGCGCCGGCGCAGCGAUGGCUGUUCGUGAACGAGCAGACGGGCGCGCGCACCUUUGAGCACCCGGGCAGCAGCUACCAGGAAGCAGGAUACUACCAGGGGGGGCCACCGCCAGCGGGCGGUGAGCGCGGAUAUGGCGGCAGUGGUGGCGGAGGGUACGGAAGCAGUGGUUAUGGCAGCGGUGCAGGCUACGCGCCGCAGCAAGAAGAGAAGAAGUCUGGAGGCAACGGCCUUAUGUACGGCGCUCUGGGCGCUGCGGCGGGGCUGGCAGGGGGUGCGUUGUUGAUGCACGAAGGGCACAAGAUUGAAGAAAACUGGAACGACAUCGAGCGCUCCGCGGAAAACUUCCCCAACGACGCCGCGCGCUGGACGGGCGAAAAAGUCGGCGAAGCGGAGCGCCUGCCCGAGGAAGUCGAGCAGGGCUGGGAGCGGACCGAAGACCGGGUCGAGCAAGGUUGGGAUCGCACCGAGGACCGCGUCGAGCAGGGCUGGGACGACGCGGGCGACGCCGUCGAGCGCACCUGGGACGGCGCGGUCGAGGGCGUCGAGAAUAUUCCCGAGAAUGUCGAGGAGGGCGGCGUUGAGGAGAGCUAUGAGCAGGGCGAGCAGGAGGGGCGGGAGGAUUGGUAGGUGUGGGUGCGGGGGGUGUGGUGUUGGUUUUGGUGGUGCUGGCAGGUAGUGGGGGUUUGCGCGCUUGCAUACUCCUACGGCCUGCGUAGUCAGUCAAAUGGGCGAUGAUGAUGGACGGUCAAUGGACACACAACUCACACUCUGACACCCCACAGACAGCCCAUCAAAUACAAAGUAGUU